AUUCCAAACGCGCCCUUUGACUCCGAAUAUAAACGGAAAUACUGGAAAUGGCAAGGGUUGGAACGCUGUGGUUAGAGUAAAACUGUAAAACCAUUGGCCCAGAACGGAGCCUGGUGAGUUUGGGGAAAUGGCUUCUGCGAGUUUAUCCGCGAAUGUUCCGUCAAGAGCACAAGUGCUUUCUCUCCUCCGCUCUCUCCUCCGCACGGCUCGCCAGUUCUCCGAUUACAACAUCAGGGAAUACACCAAGCGUCGAACCCUUGACGCCUUUCGCCACAACCAGAGCCUCACCGAACAAGCUUCCAUUGUUUCCGCCUAUUCCGAUGGCAAGGCUCAGCUCGAGAUUGCAAAGAGGCAGGCUAUCGUGUACUCGCUUUACGCCCCUGACAUCAAGAGUGUCAUGGACUUGAAGCUAUGAUUCACCACUCUUCUUGCUCUCCAUUUUUUGGUUCAAGAUUAGGGUUUCUCCUUCCUAUUCAAGAUUAGGGUUUCUGAGAGGCGGAUUCGUGUAUAAUAAUUGAUUUCUGUGGCUUGGUUUUAUACGCUUGUUCUUAACUUUGGCUAUAAGGUUUUAGUUUUCUGUUUCAUUUUGUUCUGAGAUUGUGGGUUUCAAUUUUCUGACUGAUUAAAUUCAAGGCUUGGUAAAUGGUAGGAGCCAAGCAGGUUGGGUUCAAAGUGAGCAUUUCGUUUGGUUACGGAUUGAAUAAAAUCUCAGUCUGUUGAAUGGCUA